AUGAAGAUUUUCUACGACGAGAUCGUUGUCGACCCCAGCUUGCAUCAGCCCGGUUGCACGCGUCUGUACAGAAUCCGCGAUGACGGUGCGAGAGAGAACAAGGCAUAUGUGGAGCAGAAUGGAUGGGUCCAAGGGGGCAGUGAUGAGCCUGUCGCGUUUUGGAGACGGUUCCUUGUUGUUGUUCGCGCUGUCCAAAUCGAAGACGAGUUCUUUGGGGAGACUGAAAAUGAAGUGAUUAACAGCUCGGGACAUUGGGUCGCAGAGGAAAAUCCUGAGGGGUUUGCUGCGAAGGUGUUGGAGUUCAUUGGGAAGGAGGGUGAUGGUGGUGAGUAG